AGAUGACAGAUCCUUCCACAUCGGUGCUUUUGCGCAGAUUCUCCUUUUUACACGUGAACGUGUUCGUAACUACCGGCUGGAACGGUAAAAUUCCGAAAAUUCCCAAUUAUGGCUGAUGCAACCGGUGAAAAAUUGUCCAAGAAUGAAUUAAAGAGGAGGCAGAAAGCCGAGCAAAAGGCUAAGGAGAAAGCAGAAAAGGCUGCACAACAACCCCCAGUAGCGCAAAAGGCCAAAGAAAAGAAACCUUCUGAGGAUGAUAUCAGCCCAAAUGAAUAUUUCAAACUAAGAAGCACUGCAGUGGCAAACCUUAAAGCUCUCGGUGGUGAACAUUUCCCAUACCCACACAAAUUCCAUGUGUCUACUUCACUGGAGGCCUUCAUUGAAAAGUACCAAAACUUGCAAGAUGGUGAGGUGAAAGAAAAUGAUCAACUGAGUGUUGCUGGCAGAGUUCAUGCCAUUCGUGAGUCUGGUGCCAAGCUGAUAUUCUAUGAUUUAAGAGGUGAAGGCACUAAACUCCAGGUAAUGGCCACUGCCAAGCAUUAUGAAAGUGAAGAAAAGUUUGUUGAAGACACAGACAAAAUCAGAAGGGGUGACAUUAUUGGUGUUGAAGGUGUACCAACCAAAACCAAAAAGGGAGAGCUCUCCAUAAUGCCAAAGAAGAUCAAACUGUUGUCUCCAUGUUUGCACAUGUUGCCUCAUUUGCACUUUGGCCUCAAAGACAAAGAAACAAGAUUCAGGCAAAGGCAUCUGGAUUUGAUCCUGAACAAUAGAGUGAGAAAAGUGUUUGAAAUCAGAGCCAAGAUCAUUUCAUAUGUGAGGAAGUUCUUUGAUGAAAUGGGCUUUCUGGAAGUGGAGACCCCAAUGAUGAACAUGAUUGCUGGUGGUGCCACUGCCAAGCCAUUUAUCACACAUCACAAUGACUUGAACAUGGAUCUAUACAUGAGAAUUGCCCCAGAAUUAUACUUGAAAAUGCUGGUUGUUGGUGGCUUGGAUAGAGUGUAUGAAAUUGGCAGGCAGUUCAGGAAUGAAGGUAUUGAUCUCACACACAACCCUGAGUUUACAACUUGUGAAUUCUAUAUGGCUUAUGCUGAUUACAAUGAUGUUAUGAUUAUUACUGAAAGUCUCCUGUCUGGUAUGGUUAAAAGCAUCCAUGGCACAUACAAAAUUAAAUACCAUCCAGAGGGUCCUGAAGGAGAGGAAGUAGAAAUUGAUUUUACACCACCAUUCAAGAGGAUUCCUAUGAUCCCAACAUUGGAAAAGGAACUGAAUGUCAAGUUCCCACCAGCAGCUGAACUGCACACUCCUGAGGCCAACAAAUUCUUGGAUGACUUGUGUACUAAGCACAAUGUAGAAUGUCCAGCUCCCAGAACUACAGCCAGGCUGUUAGACAAAUUGGUUGGAGAUUAUAUUGAAGAGAAGUGCAUCAACCCAGCUUUCAUAACUGAACAUCCACAGAUUAUGAGUCCUUUGGCCAAAUAUCACAGGUCCACUCCUGGUCUUACAGAACGUUUUGAGUUGUUUGUAAUGAAGAAAGAAGUUUGUAAUGCAUACACAGAGUUGAAUGAUCCUGCAGUUCAAAGACAAAUGUUUGAUCAACAAGCAGCAGCCAAAGCAGCUGGAGAUGAUGAAGCCCAACUGGUGGAUGAGACAUUCUGUAAUGCUUUGGAAUAUGGUUUGCCACCCACUGGUGGUUGGGGUUUGGGAAUUGAUAGGUUGACAAUGUUCUUAACUGACAACAACAACAUUAAAGAAGUGCUGCUCUUCCCUGCAAUGAAGCCAGAUGAUCCAAACAAGGGACAGAAGGAACAAGAUGAUAAAGAGUCUAAGGAAGCCAGUUAAUACUAGUAUUUGUAUGGGCUAUUUAAUUUUAUAUUUUGGUGAAGACCACCAUAAAUAAAUUAUUACAAUAAAUUAUAA